AUGACGUCGUCGUUUCGUCGCUCGAUGUCGGCGCCGACGGUCGUCGGUCAGCAGAGAGACGCCGUCGCCAUGGAGCAUGCGGGCGUCAUCCGCCAAGAGCAGGAGUACCUCGCAUCAGUCUUCUGCUACCACAACCGCCAGCGCGCCUGGCAGACCGCCGAACACGUGAGCGGAGAGCAGGCGCCCGAGUUCCCGCCCAAGGUCACCGCCCACGGUCAAAGGUUGUGCGACGGCGGCGGGACGGAGGCGGGAGGAGCGGAGGUGCGCGCGGUUGCCGUGACAACUCUACGUGACGUCAGCUUGCAGACGGACGCGGCGUUGAUGUCUCCGGAAGCAGCGCUCGCUCGCUCCGUCGACAUCGAGAACGCAUUCAUGCGCUACGUCGUCACGCUCAGCCUGGCGCGAGCGCGUCUGCGCGACUCCCGCAUGCGAGCGCGGGUCGCGUUCCUGCAGGACAUGCGCUCCCUGCAGCAGAUGUACAGCGAUUACCUCCUCGCCUCCUGCCGCUGCCACGUGCUCACACAGAGGGCGCCACCGUCGGUGGCCGUCAUCGCGGCGAGCGCGCCCGACGUGUCGGCGGCGGCGGCGGCGAAGCGUCGCCACCGGAGGGUGCCGCGGCGGCAGGCGGCGAUGCGGAGCCGGUCGUUCGAGUUGGGCGAGAUGAAGAGACGCAACUCGUACUGGGGUCGCGUGAAGGACGCGUUCUCGCGACGCGACCGCGACGUCGCCGACCGAUUCUUCUUCCGCGACGACGACGCGCCCGUGGCGCCCUCCAUCGACGCGCGCCGGAGGAAGUCGUUGCGGCUCGAUUCGGACCGCCAGGGGGCGCUGGACCGGCUGGACGUGUCGUCUGCCGACUCGGACUUGUCCGACAGCGAAAGCGGCGUGUUCAGACAGGAGAGCUUUAGACACGUGAUGGGUUCCGGCAAGAAGGAGCCCUCGUCGUCAGCGCCCUGCAGCCCUCCGCCAAACCAGACAGGUUUCGAUGACGCGCCGGACUUUGAGCACCUGCUGCAGCCAGCAUCCGGGUCGGAGUUUGGUAGUAACGAGAAGGAGCGAGCUGCUCUGGAGAUGUUGAAGGGAAUGGACCAAGACUACAUGCGGAAGAUGGAGCAGUGGAAGAAGAUGAAGACUGCGGACGCGUCAGGUGGCAGCAGCGCCUCCCGUAAGUCCCCCAAGAGGACCGAGUCGGAGAAGAAUGCUCUGCCCGCUGGCCUUGACCUCGCUGACCUCUCCUCCGUCAGAGAGCGCCCGAUAGAUGGCGCCAUGCGCGGCAGUCAGUCGGAAGGCGACUUGCUAGACGCCGGAAGUACGUUGGCAACGAUCGAGAGAAAGGGAUCGGGGAAGCUGUCUCGGAAAGGUUCGCAGAAGGUAGAGAGGAAGGGAUCGAAGAAGAUCGCGAAGACAAAGGAGGAGAAGGAGAAGGAGAGGCAGGAGAAGGAGAAGGCCAAACUGGAAAAGCAUCGAGAGAAGGAGCUGUUGAGGAUGUCCAGGGAGCAACUGAAGCUAGAUAAGGAGAAGGAGAGACUCCAGAAGGAGAGAUUAAAGACGUUAGAGAAGGAAGCCUGCCUCGAGCUAAAGAAGGACAUCCUUAAAGAGGAGACCUCGGUGCCACAGCAGCGACACAGCCACAAGCCUAAAGCAGCCAUCACCGUGGCAACGGAGGCAGGAGAGAGACGCUUUGAGGGAAUCUCUGAUCGCUUCGCUAAAGACUUGCGUAAGUGGGAGGAAAAGCGACGCGUGGCGCCUGAAGAGUCCACGCUCGUGCUGCUCAAGGAACGCAAGAUGACGGCGACGCGCGCGCCCUCUCGUGUGCGCACCGAGUCUGAGAGUUCGUCCAGCAGUCGCGACCUGCUUGCACCAGAACGCGUCGGCGGUGCGACGACGGAGGCGGAGAUCGGCCACGAGGGGGCGCCCGUGCGCGCGCGGCGACCGGCCAACGUCGAGAAUCGACGCUCACUGAACGUCGACUCGGGCGACGGUGGCGCCACCGGCGGCGGCGACCCGAAACGCGAGAGCGUGACCAGCGACUAUCAAUCACUCUCUCCGGCGUCGCCAAACCUGAUCACGUCAUCGGCGACGACCGGUGGCGCCAUCUACUGGUACGACGGCAACGAGUUGAGCGACAGCGAGUUGGCGGUCAUCGCGUCGGCGUUCGAGCCAAUCCGUACGGAGCACUUGUUUGACAUGGCGACGUCUUUCACCUCGGAUGCGUCGCCGACGAGGAACAGCGUUGACUUCGAGGUGGCGGGGGUCGCUCGCAGCCUCAGCCUACUGGAGGAACUGCGAGAGAAAAACGACGAGAACGAGAGGUUGAGAGCCGAGGUGCGGGUCCUGCAGGAGCGCGUGCGCAGAGACCAGGAGAAAGAACAAGAGCGAGUGGACAUUCUGCGGGGAGUGAAGCUCAUGCGAGUGACAGCCGAUAACGCCAUGCUGGAGCAGACGCUUGCAGACCUGCGCACUGAGGUCGAGCGGCUGCAGCUGUACGGCAGACGACUCACGCUAGAGAAGGGCAUCCUGCAGACGAGCGUGCUGCAGCAGGCGGAGAGGGAGGAAGGAGAGAGGAGCAGACUAAUGCACGAGAUCACCACUCUCCGCAGCAGCAACCUUCACCUGCUGAGUCAGCAGCUCACGAAAGAUGGUGAGCUGAACAGCCGCUUCGAAGUGAUGUUGAAACACGCAGACGACGUGGCGACCGUCUACAACUACGCCAUGCAUCUUCAGGAGAAGGAGAAGGACACCGACCUGAGGGCGUUCACUCGCAACCAGUCGUACCGGCGUUUCAUGCAUCUAGUUCAGCACCCGCACAAGGGCAAGGUCACCAAGUACUUCGACGCUGCGCAGUACGAGUUCGAACAUGGCGUCAUGGAGAGCACUGACGUCACCGCAAAGCUCCCGCUGGAUGACGUACUACGCUUAUACGCCACCCGCCAGGGGACCGAGGUAGACCCGCGCAUGCGCGCUCUGUCGCAGUCGGAGGGCGAGCUGCACAUGAAAGCGAGGCUGCAUCGCUGGCCGGCUGCUGACCAAUCACCGACACGCAGCCACGACAAUCUAUCUGACAUCUCAUCAGCUAGCAAAGCCAAGUGCGUACAACAAACGAAACCAGCGCCACCUGCCGGCCUAAAACUUCAAAUCUACACCGCCUGCUCAUCCUCCUCCUCGGCGGCGGUGGCGGGGGCGGCGAAGUCACCGGCCCCCGUUGCCAUGACGACCGCCUCCGACUCUGAUUCCACGCCGACGGCAGCGCCUCCUAGCUUCUCCUAUCCGGCGCUAGAGGGCCUCGUGCACACGUUUGCGACGCUCGGCGAGGAGCAGGCGCACGCCGUCGACGCGCCCGACCUCCGCCAGGGGGCGCAGCUGCUGAGCGAGGCGAUCCGGCAGGAGACGCAGCGAGCGGUUGCGAGAUUCGUCGGCAGCGAAUCGAAAGCACGCUUCUACGUCGCCGACGACCCCGCCACGCCCCCUGGUGGCGUCCCUGAUUCGUCGAUGAUUGAGACGACGAUGGCGGGCGUGCCGACGGUUGCCACGACGACGCCCCCUGGUGGCUGCCCUGAUUCGUCGAUGAUUGAGACGACGAUGGCGGGCGUGCCGACGGUUGCCACGACGACGUGUCGCGUUGCUGCCAUAGAUGGGGGAGAAGAGGGGGCCCGUGAGGGGCAGUCGGAGCCGACGUGUGGCCAGCUGUCAGCGCCGCAGGUUGCUGCGAUGAGGCAGGAGCAGGGCAAGAUUUUGGAGUCGUCCUCUUCACUCGAAGAAGUCAUCGACUAUGUAAAGGGGCUCAUACAACAAAAUGGCGACGAGCAACAAACCAUAUCUGAAUCCGCCGCCGAAUUGCCAAGCGUCCACCAGGGGGAGCUAGAUUCCAUGCUUCCGGAUCCGGAGACGCAGUUCGCGUCUUUCCCGCGUCGCAAGAAGGAGGCGCAGCGCGACCAGCAGCCAAUGGGAACGCUGCAGGCGAAGCAGCAGCAGCAGCAGCAGCCAAUCAGAAAAUCUUUUGAGGAUGCGCCGUUGACGAUCGUUCUCGACGAGCCGCCAAUCAGAAAAAUGCGCGAAAAGAAGCAGCCGACAACAGUGGCCGAUCCCGCUGCUGCUGCUGCUGCUGCUGCUGCUCCUGCUGCUGCCGCUACUGCUGCAGCUGCUGCUGCUAGCCUGCCCGGGGAAUCCGCCACGGAUCACACGAUAGAGAAGGAAGCUGCUGCGAUAGAGGAGUCUGGUGUUGAGAGGAGAGGUUUGCAAGAAGAGCGAGGAGAGCAAGAAGAGGGUAUAUACAGCUCGUUAAAUGAUGUGCUUCUUAUUGUUAGGCAGAUGACGGCGGCGUUUGCCAGCGGUGAGCUCCCCAAGUCACCGGAGACGCGGCGCAGUCAUGUGACGAAGGGCAGCUACCUGAUUGGACAUCUCACGGGCAGCCCGGACCUAGAAAAGUCGAGUUCCAGUUCUCCGUCGUGCGGUGGCGCCACAGGCGGUUCUGUCGCGGUACCGCCGCGCUACACCGCCGUCAUGUCAGAGUCUGAGUCGACGGCCACAGAUGGCAGCACCACCGAGACGCCGGUCUUCCAGCGUCGGCGCAAGCUGCCGUCGCCGAGGACGUCUCCAAAGUCCAUUAUUAUGCUAUUCGUGUUUAAAUUGGCGCUCACACGGGUGCCCUACGAUCUCAUCGUUUGA